UGGCCCUUUGUCCUCAGUGGCUGGGUGGCAGUUGCCAGCUGGUGUCGCGCUCGUCCCGGCGCGAGGGACCCAGUGGCUGCGGGGACCCAGCGUGCCACACGCACCCGCGCUCUCGGUGGGGGACCUGCGGUUGCAAUAUGACUCUGGAGGAAUUCCCAGCCGGAGAGCAGAAAACCGAAAGGAUGGACACGGUGGGCGAUGCCCUGCAGGAGGUGCUUAGCAAAGCCCUGAGUCAGCGCAGCCUCACCGUCGGCGUCUACGAGGCGGCCAAGCUGCUCAACGUCGACCCGGAUAACGUGGUGCUGUGCCUGCUGGCGGCCGACGAGGACGACGACAGGGACGUGGCCCUGCAGAUCCACUUCACCCUGAUUCAGGCCUUCUGCUGCGAGAACGACAUCGACAUCCUGCGGGUCAGCAACCCGGGCCGCCUGGCCGAGCUGCUGCUGCUGGGCGCUGACGCGGGGGGCGAGGGUGCCGCGCAGCCCCCAGACCUGCACUGCGUGCUGGUGACGAAUCCACAUGCGUCGCCAUGGAAAGACCCGGCCCUCAGCCAGCUCAUUUGUUUUUGCCGGGAGAGCCGCUACAUGGACCAGUGGGUUCCGGUCAUUAAUCUUCCGGAGCGGUGAUGCAGCCCUGCCCAGGAGCACCAAGCCAGCCGCACGGCACUGAAGUUGUGAGAUACCUUUGUAGUGACUGCGGUUCCCCCCUACACACGGACGCUGGAUUAGGGAAACUGAGGCCGAGGGGCUGAGUGAGCUCGGCGACGUGUUCUGGGGGCCCAAAGUGAUAGAGGACUUUGGAGAUGAACAGAGGAGAAAGGAGGGCGGGAGCCGUGUGGAAACUGAAAUCCAAGCUGGAAGGAGCAAAUCUCGCAAAGAUCCGAGCCCGAAGGCAACCUCUGCGUGCAUUUAGGAUGUCGCUAAACUAGGACCCUGCAAGCUUUCCAGCUGAAAUGUGCAGCUGGAGUGCGGGUGUUUGGGGUGUCUGUGCUCUCCAGUAAAAGAAAACCCAGAAGGGGUCAUUGUACUUUAAAACCAUAUUUUAUUGUAUUUGAAUGAGAUGUUAAAUUCUCACAAGUUUUAUUAUAAAUUGUACUAAGUUAUUUUAUGACGUGAGAAGUUAUUUAUGCUAUACAAGUUUUUGAAUCACAAUACCUAAAUAAAGCAGAAUGGAAUAAUUGCA